GGCAGAAGGUCAAACAAAGUAAACGUGCGUCAUGUCACGUAACGAAAAGUAUUAUAAAACCUUCUCUUGUCAUUCUGAUGGGUAAUAGACCAUCAAAUAGUGUUAACGAUGAAUCCGGUGCCACACGUCAAAAUGCUUAUGCUCGUUUCUUGCCAAACACUCAACCAACUCGAUCCGAUACUGUAUAUCGUAUAGUUGGAACACGUCUGAAUGGUAAUCUCAAAUACCCUCUUCCAAGUAAUCUUGAAGAAGAAAAGCAUUGGCUACAAGAUCCUCAUUAUUUCAUUAGACAUAUGUGGCAAAGCAAUUAUAGUGCUCCUAUUGAAGACAAACUCAGAGAAGGAAACGCUAAAAUCCUUAAUAUAUGCUGUGAUUAUGGCACUUGGGCUCUCGAAAUGGCUUCUGAUUAUCCCAAUUCCCAUUUUAUUGGUGUCGACGUCACCCCAACUUUUCCUUCUGCUGUGACCAAACCCAAUGUACGGUUCUUACAAUGUAAUGUGUUAGAUGGUCUACCAUUCGAUUCUAACACGUUCGAUUUCGUUCUUGUUCGACUUUUUGGAAACACUUUUACUGAAAGAGAUUGGGAGGAUAAAAUUAUUAAUGAAAUCGUAAGAUUAACUAAACCAGGUGGUUGGGUGGAAUUAACUCAGGUUGAUUCAAAAUACUACAAUUGUGGUCCAAAUUGCGAAAGAUGGAAUGAUGCAUUGUUAAACCAUCUAAGACUAAAAAAUAUAAAUGGUUCCAUUGGUGAAAGUUUUGGAAGGUUAUUGACUUCAACGGGACAAAUGUCCCGAAUUCGACAUGAAGUUGUCAUAGGCCCGGUUGGAAGUUGGGGUCACCGAGCAGGUGAAUUGGGUGCAUCUUACGCUCGUCAACUUUCUGGAAAAGUGAAGCCAUGGGUAAUUUCUUAUCUAGACAUUACUGAGGAAGAGUAUAACGAAAUGAUGAUCAAAGCAGAACAAGAGUUCAAUAUUCAUAGGACCUAUUCAUCAACGCAUAG